AUGUCUAAACCAGACGAGGCCAGAGAACUAAGUCUUAUAUCAAAACUCGAGCUUAGAAUUGCCCUCGCAGACAGCGAUUCCAAGUUACAGUCUCUUCUCCAGACAUAUCUUGGUCCCCUCCUCCUAAAACUAGCUUCAGAAAGUCUUGCAGUGCGCAACAAAGUCAUUUCUAUCUGCCAACAUAUCAACACACGAAUCCGGCCAGCAUCUAUCACUCUGCCUAUCGCAGCUCUUCUGAAACAGUUUAAAGAUGUUAAUGCACCGCUGGUGAGACAUUUCGAUCUUAUUUAUAUCAAGCAGGGUCUUGAUCGGAUUCCCGCCAAUGAGCGCAUCGAUCUCAUACCAGAUCUGAUCCAGGGCAUUGCCGGGGUAGGAGGUUCCAUUUCAGCUUCAUCACAAGGCUCCAUCGUGUUCAAUCUCCUACUGAGAUUGCUACCUUUAUUGAAGCUGCCACGAAGAGGUAGCGAAGAAGAUCUAGCACUGAGAACAAAACUAGGUAUCUCGAAUGAAGACGCUGCAUUCCUGGCAAAAUGGUUUUCUAAAAUCCUUCUUUUCUUCCCCGGUAGAAAGGAUGCGACGAAAUGUCCCGGCCUUACUCCUUCGGAGUACAGAUUUGUGAACAGAGAUUCACCGCCUGACGAGACUUGGAAUCCGUCGGCAGCUGGCGGUCUUAACUUGAUCGAAACUAAGGUUUCUCUCGCAAAGUUUUUGGCCAGCGGGGCUUUUACCGAUUCUGAGCGCUUUAUCGGUGCUGUCAUUGCCUCUGCUGACCCAAAUAGUCGUCUUUCAGAUGUUGGGGAAGAUAUACUCAAACGUUUCCGUCCAGAUUUGGAAAACGCGGAAGUUGUGGAUGAACUAUUUACACUUUACUUUGGAACUAAAGGGCCGGAAGGGGCCCCACCAGCACGGCCAGCGCUACAAGCUAAAAUUCUCGGAUUUCUAAGUAAAUCAGUAAAAGCUACCGCCGAACCUGAGCGGAUUAAUCAGCUGCUUGAUGAAGGCCUCUUGUCGAAUGAUGAAACGGCUGCCAAGGGUCUCGAAGCGUCGAAGCUCCGGAACCAGAUAUUUUCUUUUGUGACGUGGAUAGCACGUAUGGGUUCUUCCGCGGAUUUAAAUGUCGUCGCACCUCGUGCCAUUCAAGGCUUAAGAGAAUUUGUUUCCUACCAGGGAUGGCCUGAUCCUCGCGCUAGCGCACAGAACCUGAGCUCUGCUGAACUUAGUCUUCGAAGUCUUGCGUAUGAAACCAUUGGCGUGCUAGCCCCGAAAAUUGACCGAACUUCCCAGGACGAUGAGGAACGGGUGUUUGAUCUUGAUCUGCUCCGGUGGCUAUUCACGUCCCUGAGCUCUGACGCUUCAAGUGGUCAGAUAUUCGUGAGUAUCGAACAAGCUCUGGGGAGUAUCCUCAACUCUAUCGCAAAUCAUGCAGCUGAAUAUCUUCAAAAUGAAAUCCGUCCCCUUUUAAUCCACCAUAUGAACGCCGAACCCGACACGGAAGACCGCGAUACAGGGUUCCGUAUUGUCCGAAGUACGAGAUUUGCUGCUGUACGAUUUGCAAAUCGGUGCUUGCCGUACUGGGAUGUGCAGGCUCGCUGGAUAGAUCUUAUGGCUAUUGGUGGGGAGUCUAGUGGGAGAUCUGAAAUCAUAGAAGAAGGCCAGAGAGGUCUGGACCCAUACUGGUAUAGGAUGCUUAAUCCCCUCAAGGAGGGGAGUUGGGUAGCUUCGACCGUCAUGGGACCUGAUGUUCCCCCUAGAUAUCGGUUUCCUCGGUUUACAGAAUUAGUACUCUCUCUAUUCAACGAUCCGAGUAGCGAUGAUAUUGAGAUGAAUGAUGGAAAAUUUUUUAUUCCCAUGCGAUUUUCCGACACCUACAUAACCUCGUUUGCACCAGCUAUUGCUUUUAUUCGCAAUAUUCUCCUUUGCGAAUCCCAUCAAUUUGCUGGCUCUCCCCUGAGUGUCGAACCGGAUUGGGAACACCGCCUUGAUGUGGCUAUCUCAACAAAGGAAGAUUCAAGGGCGAGCCUUAAGGCUUACCUUGAACAAUGCGAUCGUGCGCCAACUUUUGAGUUCUUGAAGGCCUCUCUAGCCGGUCUCCUCUGGAAGCAUGGUCAAGGGUUAGGCCGCUGUGGUGUUCAUUUUGUUGAAAUUUGCGCGCUCGCAUCUGACAACCUUCUGGCUCCUCUCGCCAUUCACGCGUCAUCCCUUAAAGAUCCUAUACUGUCAAAUAACCUUGCGAACCAGGACAUAGCAGCACAGGCAUUAGGCAUCUUAGCAUCUCACAUGGAUUAUCCUCCCCCCCAGUUGCAACAAUUGUUUGAAUCUUUUGUCGUUUUGAUUGAGGGUUGGAAAACUGCGGUCGGUCAAGGCAUUAAUCAGUGCCGAGGUGCGUUGAUGGCGUUGACUCAUCUAUCCUCCCGCCUUUCCUUUCGGGGUCGACUAGAUUCUAUAUCCAAAAACCGGAUCCAAAGGCUUGUAGAUAUCACGUUUGAUAUGUUGGACAAUUCUAGAGAUCUCGCACUCAAGGAGGCUGCUCAGGUGUCGAUCGGGCAACUGAGUCUCGCAUCUAUUUUACGCCCCACAUCGUUCCCUGGGGAGAAUAAAGAUGAGGCUGUGAAUAAAGUGAUAAGAAAACUAUUGGAAGAAGCAAAAAAAGAAAAAGAAACGGCGAUAUUGGCUUUAGGACGUCUCUCUCUGGUACUUCCCAAGGACGUCAGCGAAGGCUCCCCGUUCAGAUAUUUACUCAAAUCUCUCUAUGAUCUCCAUGAAAUUAGGAGGCCAGAGGUCCAAUUUUCUGUAGGAGAGGGGUUGUGUACAGUGGCAGUUGGAUGGUUGUCGAAGUCGUUAAUUACAAUGUUUGACGUAGACGCUGCCUGGCCGAAAUCAGAUAUACCCUCGCAUAUUCUUUCGGAAAUGCUUGACAAAAUCAUUGUCGAUUGCAAGGCCUCGAAGCCAUCGCUAAGAAAGGCGUCUGUCAUCUGGCUUCUCUGCUUAAUCCAAUAUUGUGGAAGCUUUUCGGAGGUGCAAAACCGCCUGAGGAAAUGCCAAGCUACCUUUGUAUGGCUCCUAUCAGACAGAGAUGAAGUUGUGCAGGAGACAGGUUCUAGGGGUUUGAGUUUGGUAUACGAGAUGGGCAACCAGGACCUCAAAGAUGAUUUGGUGCGCGAUCUUGUUCGAUCUUUUACAAUGGAAGGCUCCAAUCUCGGGGGUGGGAAAAUUUCCACAGAUACAGAACUUUUUGAGCCCGGUGCCCUACCGACAGGCGAGGGAUCCGUCACCACUUACAAGGAUAUUGUUGGAUUAGCAUCUGAAGUAGGAGACCCGAGUCUCGUUUAUCGCUUCAUGUCACUUGCUUCAAAUAACGCUAUUUGGUCAAGCCGUGCGGCCUUCGGCAGAUUCGGAUUAAGCAACGUGCUGUCCGACUCAAGCGUCAAUGGAUACCUCGCGCAAAAUCCUAAGCUUUAUCCCAAAUUGUAUCGGUACAGAUUCGACCCCAACUCGAAUGUGCAGCGCUCAAUGAAUGACAUUUGGAACGCCCUGGUCAAAGAUUCGAACGCCGUAAUCGAGUCAAAUUUUGACGCCAUCAUGGAUGACCUGCUCAAAAGUAUUAUGACGGGCAAAGAGUGGAGAGUGCGCCAGGCGAGCUGUGCGGCAAUUGCUGACCUUAUCCAAGGGCGACCUAUUGAGAAGUACGACAAAUAUCUUAGCGAUAUCCUUACCAAAGCGUUCAAGGUUCUAGAUGAUAUUAAGGCCUCUGUCCGCCAAGCAGCGCUUAGACUAUGUCAAGUCCUCACAAACAUUGUUAUCCGAACCUUAGAGUCAGGAGAUUCCGAUUCGAAAAGAGCAAAGGUCAUGCUAAACCAUAUCAUUCCCUUUCUGCUUAGUCAUGAGGGCAUGGAGUCUGCCGCGGAAGAAGUGCAAGGUUAUGCAAUUGCAACUCUAACGAAGAUCAUUAAGAAAAGCCCCGGGAAAACACUCCGCCAAUUUGUGCCUCAGAUAUUAGAGAGAUUUCUUUCUUCUUUGAGCUCGCUUGAGCCACAAGCUGUCAAUUACAUCCACCUCAACGCCGACAAAUAUGGCUUGACCGGGCAAGACAUCGAUAAAAUGAGAUUGUCGGCAAUUCGAACAUCUCCAAUGAUGGAGGCUAUAGAGCUCUAUCUUCUCGAGUCUCUAGAUGAUGUAGCCAUGAAGGAAGUUUCAAAUAAACUGGAAGACGUUCUGCGAUCAGCAAUCGGCCUUCCUUCAAAAGUUGGCGUCAGCCGUGUCCUGGUUAUUCUCAGUUCCAAAACUUUUCUCUUCCGCCCCCAUGCUGAUCGUUUCGUUCAACUCAUGCGCAAAUAUGUGCUUGACAGGAACGAUACAAUCAGCGCUGCAUACAGCUCAUCGAUAGGUUAUCUCAUGCGGUUGGCAUCAGAUGACCAGAUGCUGAAAACAAUCGAGUUUGCAAAAUCGCUCUAUUUUGGUUGCGAAGACACAUCUCACCGUGUCAUCUCAGGGGAGAUCUUAAGCUCCAUUUCUAAACUUGCAAACGACCGUGUUGCGGCAUUUUCGGCAGCUUUUCUUCCUUUCAUCUUCGUGGCAAUGCAUGAUACAGAAGCGCAGGUUGCGGAGCUGUUUUCAAAAACAUGGAAUAAUAAUGUCAGCGGUUCUCGCGCUGUAUCAUUGUAUCUUCGGGAAAUACUUGAUAUUGUGUCCAUCCAUCUAGGCUCACCACGGUGGGCUAUUAAACACACUGCCGCCCUUGCAACUGCAAAGGUGGCUUCGUCGUUAGAUGACAACAUUGAUCUUGGCACAGCAGAGCGCAUUUGGCCAAUUAUCGAGAAGGCGGUUUCAGGGAAGACUUGGGAAGGAAAAGAAAUGGUACUGGAAGGAUUUGUCAAAUUUUCUCUCAAGUCAAAAGCUCUCUGGGCGCAAAAUAGCGAAAUCCGUGAGCAAACAAAGGUUAUUGUAGUGAGAGAAGCUAAGCGAAACAAUUCUGCAUAUAGACCUCAUGCGCUCAGGUCUCUUGGUGAAUUUGCCAAGGAUCGAGAUGAUUUAGAUCUCAUGCCUGAUACUCUGAAAAUUGUUUCUCAAGUGGUUGAGGAUCUAGUUGAUGACACGCAAGACACAAUGGAGGUAGAUGCAGAAGCAGGCGGCAAGGCUUCAAAGGUUGAGGAACAAACUCUUGCAGCUGGUGUGGAGUGCAUUUUCAACUGCGUUAAUUCCACUAUUCCCUUACCAGUACUGGCCGAUCAUAUAUCUCAAAUAAACCCUGUAAUCGACAAGGCUGUCACAUACGGUGGUAAGCCCAUAUAUAGCAUCAUGUACAGCGGACUGAAAUCUUCAUUCGAAAAACUCGGUGCAGAAGUUUCAAAACCCGAUUCUAAACUGCCCAAUGGAAAAUCAACUACUGAGUUCCGGACUGCAUUACUCUCUCUCGCCGACCAACUUUUGUUUCGGGGCCUCAAUCUGUCCGUGGAAAACACGAGGCACAGUCGUGCUCAAGCCGCACUUGCAUACAUACAAAUCUGCAACGGAAUCGAAAUUAAAAUUCCUGACGAACAGCGCCAACAAGUUGAAGAGUGGCUAGCAACGGAGCGAUCCAGGCAGGUGCAAGUGGCCCUGCGCCAAGUAUUGGAGAAGAUCGCCUAA